AGGUCAGGCUAGGUGGGCACAGCAACAUUCAAUCCUGUCAUACAUUACAUCAUGUUUUCACAAAUGAUUUGUUUAUCCAACCGUUUCAUUUGUGUCUUCACGUAUGUACGUUUUGUUAUUGGUGGUGGUGUGUGUGUGUGUGUGUGUGUGUGUGUGUGUGUGUGUGUGUGUGUGUGUGUGUGUGUGUGUGUGUGUGCAGAGACACUACAGGGAGGAGAGUAUCUGUUUGUCACUUAGGGAUAAAUAGAGAGGCAGAGCUCAGAGUUUGUCAGAAGACUCACCUGACAGGGUCACACACAGGACCAAGCAGGAGCGGGACCUCAGCAUUUUGACCCUUUAUUACAAAUGGAGAAGCAUGAAGAUAUUCAAUACUGUUUUCAAGACAGAAACUCUUCUUGCAUAAAGGCUUUGCUAUCGACAUCUAUCUACAUAACACUGUACAUCUUCUUCUCAUUGAUUUCAGCAGUAACAGUAUUUUUGAACAUACUGGUGAUCAUCUCCAUCUCUCACUUCAAGCAGCUCCACACUCCAACCAACCUGCUCAUCCUCUCUCUGGCUGUGGCAGAUCUCCUGGUGGGACUGAUUGUGAUACCAGUAGUGACUGUAGCAAUUAUGGAACCAUGCUGGGGAUUUGGGGAAUAUUUCUGUGUGUUUCAAUUCUACAUCUCUUGUUUGUGUACUUCUUUAUCUCUGGGCAAUUUGGUCUUGAUAUCUAUUGACCGCUAUGUUGCUGUGUGUGAUCCCUUAUUGUACCACUCUAAAAUAACAGUAACAAGAAUUAUGUGUUGUAUAUCCAUUACCUGGUGUUAUUGUAUCAUAUACCGUGCUGCUAUUAUGAAAAUCUCUGUGAAAGUACAAGCACCAAGUAGUUGUUUGAAAGAAUGUUUUAUUGUAGAAGGGUUAAUCUGGGUUAAUAUCAUUGACCUUCUAUUUACAAUGGUUGUCCCGUGCUCUAUUAUUAUAACACUUUAUAUGAAAAUCUUUGUGGUGGCCAGAUCACAGGCCAGAAAGGUAUUUACAAAAGAGGCUGCCAGUGUGUCUGGUGUUAAAACUGUACAAGCAAAUAAGUCUGAGACAAAAGCAGCAAAAACUCUAUCUAUUGUUGUUUUCACCUAUCUAAAUUGUUGGAUUCCUUUUUUCUUUUUUUAUUUAGUCAAUUUAGAUUCAUCAUCACUUUUCUUUAGCUUUCUACCACUUUUUAACUCUUUUAUCAAUCCAAUCAUUUAUGCUUUCUUUUAUCCAUGGUUCAAAGUGACAGCUAAACGUAUUUUAACUCUGAAGUUAAGGCGAUCAUAG